AUAAAGUAAAUAGUUUAUUGUUUUUAAACUAACAUUAUUCUGUCAGCUGUCAAAUACGUCCAAUAUUGUGACUAGAAUAGAGGCUAGAGUUGUAAUGUAAAUAAUAAAUAUAGAGCUAUUUAAAAACUUUGUAAAAUAUGUUACACAUUAAAAUAUAAAUUAAACCAAAAUUCAAGAAAUUCCAAAUAAACAAUGAAAGAAAUCAGAUAAUUCUGAAAAAAAUACAGUACAUAAUAUAAGAAAAUGUGCGAAUAAUCUCGCUAAAUCAAAGUGAAAUGAUAAAAACUUGAACAAAAACAUGAGGUCCGUCAGAAUUUUCCUAUCGGUGUCGAUAUUUAUAACAGCGUUCAUUGGUGAUUAUUUAGUUUUUCACUCAAGAUACUCUAACUCUUUUGUAUAUAGAGCUUUAACAGAUAAUUUCAUACACGCCAGCAUCGGAUUUCUAUCAGCGCUGUUAUUUUUCGAAAACAUACUCGUGACGAGGCAAGCUUGGCUCUACAAUGUCAUAUUUUGCACAAUUGUUGCCUCAUUGAUAGAUAUCGAUCAUUUUGUUGUUGCGAAAUCUAUACAUAUUAAGGAUCUAAACAAUCUAAAACACCGUGGAUUCCUGCACUGUUCUUCAUUAUGGUUUGCCGUCACAUCAAUAUUAUUUCUAUACAGCUACCUGCAUAGAAAACUUAACAUAUACAUUUUGACCUUCAUGCUGACAAUAGCGUAUACCAGUCAUCACAUUCGAGACGCUAAUCGCAGAGGUCUGUGGUUUUACCCAUACGGACACACACAACCCAUACCAAAGUAUUUAUAUAUAACUGUUCUAUCAAUUCUGCCAAUGAUAUUUGUGUAUGUUUUUCAAUAUUUCAAACCACAGAGUAAAGAUACUGUUGUACAGUAUAGUAUGCUGGCUUAGUAUUUAUUCACAUGUUUAAUACCAUAUUUGGUACCUGUAAGGGGACAGCAAGAACUUAAAGCAUGUUUUAUGAUGACCUUAAUUGUAUGUUCCACUAGAGUACAAAGUAACCAGUAAAAUGUAUUAUAUUUUUCAGGAUAUAUGCUAAUUUUUAUAGUGUGUUAAAAAGAUAAUGCUUCAAAUUGUAUAUCAUACAAAAAAUCACUUAAAUGUCAUGGAACAUUUUUUUUUUGAUGAUUAUAAGCCUUGCUAAUACAUUGAAGUAUAAUAUGACAAAAAAAAUAGCAUUUUUUAACAUAGUAUUUUAAUAGAGAAUAUAGAAACAGUAAUGUAAUAAUGAAUUAUUUUUUAGCACAAUCAAUCGAAUCAUAAUAAAUUGCGUAUUCUUAUUUCUGAGUGAUGGUAUGUACGCAUGUGUGCGUGUGACCCUGUGUGCCGACAGAGCUGUUGGUUGAUUGUAUCAUUGUGUGUGUACGUUACAAUAGCUCUUGUAGUCCCCUUAAAGAAUGUUUAUAUAUUGGUAAUAUUUAAUUAAAAGAAUUUAUGUUGUCAAUGAUGAUAAAAUUAUCUAAACCAUGUGUAUGGCAUAGAUAAUAGAAUAUUCAAUCCACUGCAAUUAAACUACUAGAUUUUAUUGAUAUUUAUUACAGCCUUGGCUAUCUUAAUAUUUAAUUGUAGUUUUAUAGCAUUGAAAUGCUUUAUAAAUGAGAAAUUUUGAAAGAAUAGAAAUGUUAUUAUAUGAUGAUAUUGUUAAUUUUGUAGGAAAUUUAAAGCCUUAUAGAUUUGAUUGUGUGAUGUAUAUAUUAAUAUUAAAUUUAUCUGUAUGUCACACAUGCAAAUAACUCUCAUAAUAGAUUCCAUAGCAAACAGAUUUUUACUUUUUAUUAAAUUUUAUGGACCGUUUAUAAGUUAUUUAUAACAAUUAACCUUAAUU